CGGAGAUUUAAGAAAAUUUAGAAUGUCAGAAUCGAGGUAUAUAAAAGAAGAAUGGGAUAGAUGAAGAAAUGUCAAGGAUGUUAUAGGAGCAGUGUUGAAAAACUACAAUUUGUUAUAUUCGCCUAUAUUCCAAUUCCAAAUAAGAAUGAUAUAAAAUUAUUUAUAAUAAGUGCAUCUUUAUAAAGUGAAAUAUUAAGUUUACAUGUGAUCGUGUGUUUGCGAAGGGUAGAUUGUGUACUCGUACUAACUGUAAACAGACAUUCCCUUUGCUUCGUAAACUGGAAUCGGGCAGAUGAUAAAAUUAUUGUAAUCGCUUCAGUUUUCUUGUAAUGGAUAGUGCAAUGGAACGUGAAACUGGAGCAUUGGGCGGACUCUUUCAACAAAUUAUCCAGGAUAUGAAGAAUGGAAUGCCCUUAUGGGAAGAUUUUGUUACAAAAGCUUCCAAGCUACAUUCUUCCCUUAAGGCAACUAUUUUGGCAGUCACAGCAUAUUUAGAAUCAUUUCAAAGAAUUGCUGAUUCUGCUACUAAUACUAGAGGAGCAACUAGAGAAAUAGGAACAGCUCUAACUCGAAUAUGCUUACGACACAAAGCAGUCGAAAAUAGACUCAAAAAGUUUACGAGUGUCAUUAUGGAAUGUUUGAUUGUUCCAUUACAAGAAAAAUUAGAAGAAUGGAAGAAAAUAGUCGUGAAUUUGGACAAAGACCAUACGAGAGAUUUCAAAAGAGCGAAAUCCGAACUUAAGAAAAGAUCGACAGAUACGUUGAGGUUACAAAAAAAAUUGAAAAAAGGCGUGGGCGGUGAUGUGCAGAAAAGAUUCGAAUGCGGACUUCAAGAUGUUACCGAAAGACGUCAAUUGUUGGAGGAAACGGAAAAGCAUGCCGUUAGAGCUGCUUUGAUCGAAGAAAGAACUAGAUUUUGUUCGUUCGUCGGACUGCUUAAACCAGUUGUGGAAGAAGAAAUAGCGAUGCUUACGGAAAUGGGUCAUUUACAAGAAGCCGUCCAACAAUUAGAAAAACACACCUACGAUCCAAAAUCUUUACCGCCAGCGUCCGAACAAAUUAUAGCGGAUUUAAAAAGUUCGGAGAGCGGUUGGUCGUUUCAAACACCGCCUUCUUCGCCGUCCAGCUUAGGCUCGAGAAAAUCCUCCAUGUGUUCCAUAAGUUCCAUCAAUAGCUCUUCAUCGAGCAGUUCCAAAAGUCACCAUUCUCCCAGUCAUCCAUGGCAAAGGUCACUUUCACAGCCAGUAGGUCGUAGUGGUACAAUGCGUGUUAGAUCCGUAUCUAGUCAAGAUUCUGGAUUUAUGUCACAAGAUACACUUUUUCUAAGACCACCUUCAGCUUUUAGCGCUACCCAGAUAUCCAACAUGUCAGAACACAGCAACAACAGCAGCAGUUCAAGUACUCCUUGUACUCCUUUUCCUGUAACUGCGGCUCCAACAACGACAGCCACGUGGCCAAAUUUACAAGAAACUAUACAGUUUGAAAGAGCAGCUUCCGCAAUCAUCAACGAUAGACCACAUACUAUAUCAUCAGCUUACGAAAAAGGACAUCAGCGAUCUCCUUUAACCGUAUAUACAUUCCAAGCUCCAGAUCAGACUUUAUCUCAACCAGCUAGUCCGGUUACAUCAACUGGACCCACAGAUACAACUUCGAAUAUCGUACCGCCCAAAAGUCCGGGAACUGCGGUUAAAUCGUCUCUAUCUAAACCGCCUCUACCUUUGCGUUGUUCUUCCUUGGAACGUCCAAGCGGUCCUUCGAUUCCGGCCAAAACAAUUACGCAGGGUGUAAGAGUAUUGCCUCCGGGGGCAGAAUUAUCGGUAAUCAAAAAACCGUCUCCGUUACCGUCUCAUUUAUCUAAAAUUAAUACCCAACCGACGUACGCAAAUAUGCACGAACUCGCAAUUAUGGCGGCUGCUGCCAAAAAUCAGGAUAAGGGCUUCCCGCCACCUCCUCCUACGGAGUUCACUAGUCCACCAGAAAAGGCUGGCGAAUGCGAAAAAGAAAGUAGUACGAGCGAAAGUUCCUUAGAAUCAUCUAGCGGAUACGGAAGUCAAACUACUUUCAAUUUCGAGGAAAUACAUCACGUAGAAAAUAUGAGUAAUACAGGAACGUUACGUAAUACACUUUUGAGAAGAGGAUCUAUACAAAGUCAAAAACCUCCACCGCCGAUAAGGAGAACGUCGUCUAUAACAAAUACGUCCACUAUAGGUAGUUUGGAAAACUUGCCACCGCCGCCGCCUUUUUUGUUGGAACCUUCUAUUCAACCGCCGCCUAAACAGCAACAACAACAACAACAACCGACUACCGGUAUAAACGUCGCGGAAACUGUAAAGGCUUUGACGGAAUUGAAUCAUACACCGGCCAGCCCGAAUUCAGUUAGACGCAUGUCGACCUCGUCCCAAAAUAUCUUCCAAACUACGUCACAGACACAAUUCGCGACUCCUCUACUGAGUACUUUUCAAAAUCAAUCCAAAGUAUCGUAUUUAUCGCAAUCUGGCGGCGUGGUUUACGCUCAACCGUUACAAAUAACCGGUAGUCCGACUACGAUGAGACGAAUACAAAAUUUACGAUCGCAAAGCGCCGAUAGAAAAUCCGAUGGUCCCGGUGGCGUCAGUUCUAAUUUCAUAGCGUCGCUUAGCGCCAAAUUGACGCCGCAUCUCAGUCCGAAAUCAUCGAGAAGAUUAUCCGAUGAUAGUACCACACCGACUAAUUCUCCUAUUAAUAAACACGCUCAUCAUCACAAAUCUGGUCCGGGUCAAAGUUUUUUGGAUUCUUUGAACGCCAAACUUUCACAGACGCAUACUCUAAGCGCUCAACCGACUCAAUUGAAGGCCAAUAAGAUCCGUCAAAUGAUUAAUAGUAGAGCGCAGCCUGAUCCGAAAGUUUGUCAUGAAUCGUUGAUGGAUCAAAUUAAAAAAGGGGCAACUUUGAAACGUGCCAAAUCAACGAACGAUCGAUCAGCUCCGAAAAUAUGCUAGUGAAAUUUUAAUCACUCGGUAUAAUCUUUUUAAUAUAUCUUGUCGAUUUAAUAUAGUUUCGGUUUGGACUUAAUUUGAAAUUUGAUAUUUUUAUGCGAAGUACGAUUUUUGGAAUAAUUUUUUUUUGUUGCCAAAUAAUUUAUUCUAAUCCACUAAAUUAUAGUAACCAAUUUGAAACGUCCACUGGUGGACGUUUAAAUAUAUUAUUUUUGGUAUUUUGGUAUUAAAUUUCGAAUUAAAUCUAUCUAACACAUGUUUUAACAUAUCGUUAAGCUGAAAUAUCGAAAUCCACCCUUAAUCCUUUUAACUUUAUAAUCUUAUAUAUCGUAUUAUGAUGUAUUAUUAUAUGUACCUUAUUUUGAGUGCUUGAUAAAAAAAUAUUGCGUCCGAGGGCCAGUACGGUCCUAUUCUUUGUUUACGUUGUCGAGUGAAUUUGGACAAGUGACAAGAACAGGACCGUACUAGCUUUCGAGCGUUUCUUUGGUGGAUUUUGAUAUUAUUUUAAUAGUAAUAACAUUUUUUUAUCCAACAAUGUUCAAUUGGUGUAUUUAGUAACGUCCAUUUUACAUUAACUUGACUGAAUUAUUUUUAUAAAUGUUAGUAGAAUAGUAGGUUCAAGAAUAAAAAAAAGUAAGGUAGUAUCGAUUCAAUUAUGGAUUAUAUUAAUAUUAACAAUGAAAACGGAAUAUGAUGAUUUAAAAAUUUUCAUUGUUCAUAAAUCAAUUAAUUAUUGUAGAAAAAACAGAUUCACAAAACUUAUUAAUUCCAUCAUUCAUUUAUUGUAGACGCGUCAUUAUUAAGGUCCAUAUUGGGUAGUUUUCGGAUGUUUAUUUUCCCCCUUUUGAUAUUUGUCAUAAUAAAUUUCUCAAUAUCGAAUUCAUACAAAUCAAAAAAUUACAUCACCUUGGAUUGUAUCUACUUUAAACAAUAUUUUCAUCUUCUGUGUAUUUUUUUUUUGAAAUUGCUCAGGUUAUGGAGCUGUAACUCAAAACAAAGCCUUGCUUCCAUAUUCCCACUAGAUUCUAGUAAAAAGAAAUGGUAUUCCAGAAAAUAUUGUAGGCGUUCUUACAAUUCGUUUGAUUUGAUAAUGUGAAUUGUUUCAACACUAUGAUCUUCAACUUCUUCAGAGUUUUCUGCUACGUAACACAUCAAUCGAAGAAAUUUUUAAUCUUCUUUCGAUAUUUAACAAUUUAUGUUUAGAAGAUGUGAUUUGUGGUGACCUCUAUUUGUCAGAUCCGUGACCGAUUGUUUUAACAUCAUCUUCAUCUUCUUCAGAGUUUUUUACCACGUGACAUCAACUGAAGAAAUUUUUGAUAUUUGUCUGUUAGAUACACGUUGUUUGCGAUGACAUAUUUUCCGUUUUCAUUGCGAACUAGAUUUUAAAUAUUUUUUUUAAAUAUUUGUAAAUAGCCUGUUUAAGUAGUAAAACCACUUUCAGUAACAAUGUAUAUAAACAUUUAAAUUAUGUAAGAGAUGUUAAUAUAUUCAAAACUUGUAGUAUUAUCAAUUAGAACGCAACAUUUUAUUUUAUAGUACAAUUUUUAUAUAUUUAGAGAGUUUUGUUCGAUUAGAAGGUCUUUAACUUGAUACUUUAACUUCUACCUCUAUGUUAUUAAAAAUAACGCAUUUUCUUUUUUCAGUUUCUAGAACAAAAUAAAUCCUUAUAUAGCUCAAAUUUUUAGAUUUUUUUGCUACAUUUCUACGUUAUGUAUCAACAAUGAAAAAAAAAUUAUAACGUGUUUAUUGACCUGUACACUUCUUGUUUGCUUUCUCAAUUUAUGUAUACACUAAACUAUACACUAAGACAUCAGAUUAUUUACUGACUUUCUCCUUGAUAAACCAUCGCCUAUUUAUAUAAAACGGAUUUCUAGAUAACUCGGAUUCUAGAAUUUCCCGCAUCCACCAAAUUGGACUGUAUCCAGAAUCUCCUUAUUUCCAAACUAUCCCCAACCUUAUAUCCCUUAUAUAAAUUGAACACAUUAUUUUAGCUCAUACCACAUAUCCCCAUAAGGACACGUAAUUUUCAAUGACAGUAUACAGGUGGUAUUUGAAAAUAUAAAAGUGAGGUGUAGCUACCAUGGGACUAUGAAAUGUAAUUAAUCUUCACCUCGUUAAGAAGGCGAUUUAAUACAAUUUUUUUUCAUUCUGUCGUUUGAGCGAGAUAUUACUUGAAUACGAUAACAUGGGACAAUCUGUAUACACUACAUAUAUGCAGGUUAAUGGUAAAUUUUGUUGAACAAUUCAUAACGCAUUGACUUUAAAAUAAUUCUAUUAAAUAUUCUGUUUCCUGAUUAAAAUAUUUCAGUUCCUUUUUUAUGAAGCUUUAAUUUAUGUUUAUAUUUUAUAAAAAUUUAAUUUUUUAAUAAUUAUAUUUGUUGAUCGGUUGCGUUCCAUAAAUAUUUCGAAUUAUUACACGCAAUUGGACUCUUAAACCACGUUUAUAUCAUACAACUAUUUGCUUUCCGUCAAUAAUGUCAAUAAUUACUUACUCAGUAAGUUUUUGUUUCAUUAUUUAAUUAUUUUUCAAACAAUGAAAAUAUCUAGUAUCAUUCCUGAACUAUCAAACAACCAAUCAGAGAAUAUUCGCUAAUAUUGUUAUAGUAAUUUCAAUUUUGUUCAGUUGACACUACAAUGACAUAUGUCAACAUUUAGAAAUGUCAAUAAUGACAAAAUGCCGCGUAAUAUUCUAUUAUUCUCUAAUUAUACAAAAAAUUGUUUCUCCAUAUUCUUAAAUUUAUUAUUUUCUUGUAUUAAAUCAACAUAUUAUAUGGAACGCAACCCCAUCGAAUUGAUAAUUCUAAAUAUAUCUACAGGAUUGUUGCCAAUUCUUUUAAUGUAUCAGCUGUUGUAGAUUUUUUCGGAUUAAUAUUAGGAGAUGCUGAUAUCAAGAAUUGAUUCGAAACAGAGUAAUAUCAGGAGAUGCUGAUAUUAAUGAUUGAUCUGAAGCAGAUCAAUAUCAGGAGCUGCUGAUAUCAAUAAUUGAUUCCAAACAGAUCAAUAUCAGAAGAUGCCGCCGAUAUUAAUACAUUGAUAAAAGCAUUAAAAAUAAGAAUCGAGUGUUGCCAAUGCUGAUAAUCUAGCUCAAUAUCAGGAAAUUCUGAUUUUAAUGAUCGAUUUAAAGCAGGUAAAUAUCAAUGCUGAUAUUAAUGAUUGAUUUGAAGCAGAUAAAUAUCAGAAGAUGCUGAUAUUAAUGAUACUAAAUUACUAUCUUUGUUGAUAGUCCACGGAUGCUGAUUUUUCUUAGAUUAAUAUCAGGAGAUGCUGGUAUCAAUAAUUGAUUCGAAACAGAUUAAUAUCAGAAGUUGCUGAUAUUAAUAAAUGAUAAAAGUAUUAAAAAUAAGAAUGGAAAUAUUAAAUAUUAGCAUCAAUUGUUACCGAUGUUGAUAUUAUCAGCCUUAAGCCUUAAAAUCACCGAAGAUUAUUGCUGAUGCUAAUAAUUGUUGAUUUUGCAGCAAUCCUAUAUCAAACCGAAUGAAACUAACGUUAUAUUUGUAACGUAAAAGAAGAAAAAAUUACUAAAUGAAUGUAUAAUAGCUCUAAUAUUUACUGGAAACAACUCGAAAAUGUAUAUAAUAAUAACAAUUAAUGUCUAUGACUUUUCAUAUGCGUUAAUACUUUUCGAAGUAUGGUUACUAGUUAAGACAAUGUGUAAGGUUUCUGGAGUUCGCUUGAUUUGUGUUGUAAGAUUAUUAAAAACUAA